AAGGAACAAGAAGAGUUGUUUAUAAAAACAACGGAAAAUUGCACACAGGCAAUGGCGUUAUUAAAUACAAUUUCAAGAUCAAUGUCAAUGUCGAAAUGUCUAGUCCAAGGCGCUGUUUAUAAUGUGCAUAAGAACUACGUCGUAUGUGCUCCACCAGUGCGAAAGAUAUGGGGCUAUGUGGCGGUCGCCUUCAAUCAAGUGGAUGCAGAUCGGCUGGCCAAAGUCGGUCCAAAUCGCCUCUGUGCCGAGUGGGUGAUUAAGAACGGAGGUGGCGUCCGUUUGACCGAUUAUCCAUCCAAACUGUGGAAGGACUAUAAUCUUUUGCCAUCAGAGGGAACCAAAUUUCAUAUCAAAGUUGUAGACGCCUCAAAUGCAUCGGUGAUGAAAAUUGGACUGGAACACUUUAAAGGUUGUACAAAAAUCGACACUGUCAUUUUUCACAAUUGUAAGCAUCUAGAGGGUGAUGGUCUUGUCGGUCUUACCCAUUUAAGAGAUUCCCUGACGACCCUUCAGAUCUCCGGUUGUUACAAUAUGUACGACAACGAUCUGGAUGUCAUCGGCGAGCUGUCGAAUCUCAAGCAGUUGAUCAUAUUCGAUAUGAACUAUGUCCAAAACAUGGAUCAAGUGGCUGCGAAUCUGAGGGCUCGUCUGCCAAAUUGUGAAAUGCUGUUUAAUAAGCAGUAGUUAAGUACAACAUAAUAUGGAUAUUUGUAUGUGAUUUGUUGUUAACACAGGAGUAUUUGUUUUCAGGAAUAAAUGAGAUAUUAACGCCUUGAAAUUGAAA